AUGGCCGACGACCGGCGCAACAGCUCCGAAAACCCGCCGUCCGCACGGGAGGGUCAGACACAGCAUCCGGCACCAGCAACCGCAGAAAAGCCGCCUCAAGCCCAGUCUCAAGAUGGCCGGCCGCCACCCAAGAAGCGCAGGCGCGUCGUGAUAUCCUGUACAGAGUGUCAUCGUCGGAAGCAGAAGUGCGAUCGAGACCUGCCAUGCGCCAACUGCAAGUCACGCAACAAGCAGGACGCGUGCAAGUACGAGACGGGUGCGCCGACAGCAAAGGAGCAUCAGAAAGCGGAAGCCGAGGGUUCGAGGACAACGCAGGUCCAAAGCCUAUCCAACGCCGCGGCCAAUUGGGGCUACUCCCACGCAGGGGCAUCUACACUCGGCCUCAUGAGAAAAAUCGAGAGCGCAAAUGGCGAUGGCUCGCUAUCCCACCUGAGCGGCGCAACGCAGAUGGAGGACCAGUUUGCUACAAAGGAGAGGUACAAAUCCCUGAUCAGACAACUUCCGGCCAAGGGCUACAUCGAGAAGCUCAUCGAAGUCUACUUCCGCGAGUUCAAUUGGCAGUACUACGCCCUCGAGGAGGAUUUGUUCAUGCAGCAGUUCGCCGAAUGGAACAAUAUCCCCUUCAACGUGCUUUCCAACUUGGGACCGCAGGGGCUAUCACCGGAUCUGAGGGUGUUCCCGGCCUUGCUCUUCCAGGUCCUGGCAACGGCUCUCCUGACUCUCCCAGAAGGAUCGCACGAGUUCUACGAGCAUCUCAAGUAUGCCGGCAACAUGACCUUUGAAGACCUCGCUGCUGAUUACAGCGAGUCGGGUGUGGGCAUUUUGUCGUUGCUAGGCAAGCGACAGAUAACUUUGACGACGGUCCAAGCGUCGUUCCUUCGCGCAGCAUUUCUCAAAUACAUGGCCAAAGUAACGGAAUCGUGGCACGCCAUUGGUAGCGCCAUCAGAGACGCUCAAGAAAUAGGAAUGCACCGCGACAGUUUGGAUCCUCAACCGGCCAGUGACGAAACCGAAGAUGUUCUGGAGAACAUGUGGCUGAUUCAGAGGAGGCGCAAACUGUACAUGGUUCUGAUGACAUGGGACAUUCAUUGUGCGCUUGUAUUGGGACGUCCCGGCAGCAUCGAUUGGCGUAUACUUCCGCCAAGUCUCCCGAUAGAUACGCCCCUGCCAAAGGACCGCCGCAAAACACCCAUUGCGCCAAGAGAUGACGAGAAAGAUCCCCCGACACCGUUGACCAGGGGCAUUUGGGCAUUUAAGCUCGUGGGCCCGAUGCGAGAGAUCCUGGAGUUGGAGCACGAUGGCGCGUGUCCUAAGGACUACUCCAAAGUGGACCGAGUACACCAGAUGUGCCUGGAGCUAGACGAGACGACGCCUGCCUACUUCCGCCUGGAGAAUCCGGACCGCAGGUGGGAUGACGAACCGUCAUGCUACUGGCUUCAAUCGGUUCGGUUCUACCUGCCGCAGAUGAACCUCUUCAACUUGAUGGCUCUGCACAGGCCAUACAUAUUCAACAGGCAAAAGAGUCGUACCGAGGCGCUCAAGGCAAGCAUUGAAAUGCUGCACCGCCAGAUGCUCACGUUCCAGGGUCUCGAUGCUGGUUCGUGGCGAAACUUCUCGCUGUUUUUCGGCAGCUUCGACGCGGUAGUGCUCAUGGCGUCGAUAUACAUCCUUUUCCCCAAGGAGAAUCUAGACAUGGCCGGGAGCGCGAUGCAGCAUUUCCACUGGACAACGGAAAGAUUUGAAGCAAUGCAGGAGAGAAAUCCUCUCGCCAAGGCCGCCAAAGGGGUCCUCCAAGCCAUCUUUGUCAAAUUCAAGAAGGCUGUCGGAAACCCAGCACCGCCGCCAAGCAUGUCAAGUCUAGCGUCGCAAACGCCGGCAUCGACAACGGAGAGCAGCAGCAGCAUAUCGGCCCGGGGAUCGGUUUCCACGACGGCGAACACGGCGGAUACACCAGUUAGCAAGAGCAGCACUGUGGCAACACCGACAUCACAGCCAACCGCGCCCGACACAUCAUCAUACCCCAUGCCAUCGUCGCACUCGGAGUGGACGAUGCCGAACAACUGGGACUUUACGACGAUUGCGCCACUCUUCCCGAUGGGAGAUCUUAUCUACCACGAUCUGAACGGGAUACCAGAGGACGGGUCGUUGCCGGCGUGGGGAGCAGCAACACCGCCGCCGCCGGCAGCCGGGCAGACAUUUGAAGGAGAUUUCGGGAACGAUAGUGUGUGGAACAUUUUAAACCAGUACGACCCGACAACCGCUUGA